AGGUUGUGUUGUUUGUUUUUUAUUUUCAAUUAAAAUCCGCGAUCACAAGAAGCAGCAGCUGCGUUGUUUGUUUACCAGCUGUCGUAAUACCAGCGAACUUAUUCUGCCCGAAGGAAAUGGGAAAUGCGAGUGGCAAGCGGGAGACGGAUAAUCUCUACACGUCGGAGGAGCUCCGCAUGCUGGAAUCGGCCUACAAAAACGCCUCUGGUGGAGCCCUCGAAAAGUUGACCCAAGACAGGCUGGUGGAAACUUGGUCGCAAACCAUCGAACGGUCGCUGGCCGAAUGUACAUCCCAGUAUCUUUUUACACCGACAAAGCCUGGUCAGCAAUGUGUCUACAUACAGAUGAAGAAAUUCGGCGAGCCCUACUACAUCAUGGAGCGGGGAUCCAUUGACCAGAAAAUCCAAUUGCUGCUGGGCUCGAUGGAAAAAACUGGAAAUGACACCUUCAACAGCAAGCAACUGGAGCAAUACAUCUACACGGUGAUCAAAAGUUUCGUGCAUUUGGAAAGCACUGCGAAAUACUCGAGCAUCAAGGAGUGGCACGAGUUGGGCUUCAUCACCACAGAGCGUUCCGCAGCCACCUUCGCCAAGGGCCUGAUGCGGAAUCUGGGCAGGGAACUGGAGCACACAAUGCCCAGCGAGGCCUUGGAACGAUGGUUGCACCUCACUCCCCAGUUCCUGCAGAUCUGGCGCGAGGUCUUCAGUCAGCUGUACUGUCGCCAUGGUGGCAGCAAGCGCAACAUAAUCAAGGAAAUGGAAAUUCCAAUUCUUCCAGAAUUGUGUGAUGCUCCCCAAAGCAGUCACUAUCGCCCAAUCAUCGAACUGCCUCACGUUAUAUAUAUUAAUGCUCAAUUGCCCCGCGAGCAUCGCCACAAGUGGCGUUUUCUCUUCUCAUCGAAAAUCAACGGCGAAAGCUUCUCAACGAUGCUGGGAAAAAUCCUGGACAAGGGACCCACGUUGUUCUUUAUCGAGGACGAGGAUCAAUACAUAUUCGGUGGCUAUGCGUCCGAGACGUGGUCUGUGAAACCUCAAUUUGGGGGCGAUGACAACUCUUUGCUCUACACCUUAAGCCCUGCCAUGCGGUGCUUUUCGGCCACAACUUAUAACGAUCACUAUCAGUAUUUGAAUUUGAAUCAGCAGACUAUGCCGAAUGGUCUGGGUAUGGGCGGUCAGUUUGAUUUCUGGGGCCUCUGGCUUGACUGCAGUUUUGGCGAUGGACAGAGCGUUGAAAGCUGCACUACAUAUCGAGAUUAUGUGCAAUUAAGUAAACGGAAGCAAUUUAAAAUACGAAACAUGGAAGUUUGGGCCGUUGGAGAUUUACCCGUAAAAGAAGGGGACGGAGAAGGCGAUGGUCAUAAACGUUCGGUGCUGGAUAGCAACCUGGAAGAUCGUGCUAUGCUGGAAAUAUCUGGCAAGAAAAUGCAUUCGGAUGGCCUACGCGAACCCUCCAUGGAUGAUUGAUAUUAUAUGAAACUAUCAAAAGGAAAAGCUUUGUUUUAUCACGUUCGAGAUUUAAUGAGACCAUGCCCAUUUUGGGUGUGCAGUUAAUAAUUCGAUUCUAUUUCCUUUAGCCUUAUUGCGAUCCCUAUCAAACACACAAAAAGUCCUGCGAACAAAAGAGUAUUUGUUCAAUCCAUUCCUAUAAACGUUUUUGUUUAGCUAUUAAUGUUUAUAUAUACAAUGUAUAAUGGAUAUAGUUUAUGUAAUACUGAGAGUAUUGUUGUUGCGUUUUAGAUCUAAAAGUGUGAAAAUGAAAUCAUUUAAAUGGUGAAACAAACAAGCA